UUCUGGCUCUACCAUCCGUCACUGCUAAUCUCUGAUUGCGCAUUCCAUAAGCUGUGCCGCGCACUCCAAUCGAACCGAAUUGCUAAGAGAGCAUACGUAUUGCAUUGACAUCUUUCUCUUGUCCGCAUCUCACCAUUUUGGCGGUGCACACACCCUUGCCGGUCCCUGCGAUAUACCACAAUCAGAGAUUAAACCAUGUCUGAGCAACCCGAAACGCCUCUCCCCCCUCGCAAUGAAUUCAUACACAAGGCAGCGCUCGCCGGAGCAAUCAUAACCCCUCUAGCCAUGCUGCUCCCUCCCAGAAAAGCCGAUAUCCGACUGUUUGUGCUGGUGGGAACGUUUUCGCUCUGCACCAACCAGCUUGCGUACGAAUACACAGGACAGUCUGUAUACGGCCGACUUGGGAGCCGAGUGGGGUCAAUAUUCGAUACGAGUUUGCCAGAAGGCGCAAAAAGGACACAGCAGUUGUUAAAGGAGCAGAAGGAGAGAGAGGCUGCGCACAAGCAAAAGCAGGAGGAGACGAAAAAUUCUGUGCUGAAGGAUAUCUGGAUGGGCGGCGAAAGCGAGGGCUGGAAAGAGAGGAGAGCGGAAGAGCAUAACAAGAGCUUCCAGGAGGGCAAAGGCAUGAGCGACAUCAUCUUUGAGCAGGUUGCCGAUGUAUUCAGUGGAAAUUGGAGAGGGAAGGGAAAGGCUGACGAAUCGUCUUCAUCUGAUGACUCGCAGGGAGAGAAGAAGAAAUAGAUUUGGAAGAGGGGAGGUCUACGAUGACGAGAAUGACGUUGGAGAUGUGACAUAGCAUCUGUCCAUGGUUGCUUCACGUGUAUUAUAUGUACUUGUUAUAUGUUUGUUUGAUUAUGAGAUACAUGUAUGGAAAAAUGAUCUAAAUGAUGGUAGCCUGUUCAAGAUUUAAAAAAAAAGUAUUGCAU